CUCCCAAGUUAUAUUUUCACUUUUCAUUCAAGACACAACGGUUUGUAAUGCAACAGUACGCUGGAUGCCAACCGCCGUAAAACAAUAAUAAGAAGAAGAAGACACGAUGGCUUCGGGUUUACUGAAGAGAAAGAGCAUAGCACUAAAGUCUAUCAAAAUCUUAAUUUAUUAUUUAGAAAACCUUAUGAAAAUGAAGCUGCUCUUUAUUUCGCCCUUAUUAUUCUGGUGUGUACUCGACCAUGGUGCAUCUGGUGUUGAAAUAGACGGAGUGUCGGUGAUGGAGGGAGAUUCAAUCACUCUACACACUGGUGUUGAAACAAACCAACAAGACAGAAUUAGAUGGUAUUUCAAUGACACUCGCAUCGCUCAAAUCAACAGAGAUCUCAGUAAGAUCUGUACAGAUGUUCAGUGUAAUGAAGGUACUGAGAGAUUCAGAGACAGACUGAAGCUGGAUCAUCAGACUGGAUCUCUGACCAUCAUGAACACCACAACCACAGACUCUGGACUCUAUAAACUACAGAUUAGCAGCAGCAGAUUCAACAUCAUAAAGACAUUCAGUGUUACUGUCACUGCUGUUCUAGAUUUAACUGUUGUUGCUGCUGCUGCUGCUGCUGCUGUUCUGUUGGUUGCAGCUGCUGGUUUGAUUUACUGUUGCCGCAGGAGAUCUUUACAAGCAGGAAAAAAUGGAGAAAUGAUGCAGCGCAAUGAUUCUGACCUGGAGGACCAUCAAGGUGGAGGUGGAGAAAUAUCGCCCCUUAUUCAGGCUGAGACCCCACAGACAGAUGUUGCUGACGGGCCAGUCAUCGAUGAAGUUGAGACCCUGCAGAUAAAUGUUGCUGACGGGCCAGUCAUCGAUGAAGUUGAGACCCUGCAGAUAAAUGUUGCUGACGGGCCAGUCAUCGAUGAAGUUGAGACCCUGCAGAUGGAUGUUGCUGACGGGCCAGUCAUUGAUGAAGUUGAGACCCUGCAGAUGGGUGUUGCUAAAGGUACAAUCAGUAAUCAGGCUGAGACCCCUCAGACGGGUGUUUCUAAAGGGGCACGCGUUAAUCUGGCUGAGACCCCUCAGACGGGUGUUGCUAAAGGUACAAUCGGUAAUCUGGCUGAGACCCCUCAGACGGGUGUUUCUAAAGGGAAUCUUAUGUGUGUGGUAGGGUAGAGUGGGGGAAUUGCCUAAGGCUUAAAAUGCUACAUUUAAAUGUAUAAUGCUUUUAGCUUAAAAUGAAAAAAAAAAAAUCAAUAAUUAAACAGUAAAUGUUCGAGCGUUCAUGAAUGUAAGUUAAUUUAUCUUUCUUUACCUGUCAUAUUGUGAUAAAGUUGCAGCUGCAUGUCAGAUUGUUGUCAUCAGUCCAUAUUGUAGUUCAUGUGGAGAAGUGAUGCGCGCGUGAUUUAUGUGCAUAUGUUUAACGCCAUUUAUUGUGUUGUAUUUAAUAUUAACGUAUAGAGAAGAUGUACACUGAGGUGAAUGUUUAUGUUUACUGUAUACAUACGGAUUCUGAUAUCUUAUUUAUUUCAGACUAAACCACCUCUGUUAACUUAAUGACUGUACAAUGCUGGAUAAUGUAA